CCAACCAUUUCAAGGUGGCCCUCAAGGAGUAAACCUAGUAUUCUUUCUAUUGUCGCCAGCUUAAUUUCAAGUUUCUUUGUUGCUGCUAGUCGUCCAUAUAUUUGCUAGUACCAUUUUUCAGGCAACAUCAAUAGACAUAUAUCUCUUGGUUUUUUGGUCGGUCGGAAAAGCAGAAGAUGCCUCUGAGCCAAUUACACUACGCUGUAACACUGGAGAGAUCUCCGACGAUGAUGACGACGAGAGAGAGCCCAGUAUGUCUCCAGCUAAUUCGCGGACUCGUUAAGGUUCUCUCGGGCCAUGCCAUAUACUUGUGGGCUGCUAGCAACUUACAUGGAUCCUUCUCGAGAUUCUGCUCUUACCUCCAACGGCCAAAAGCCGAGGAGAAGGGCUCUUGGGUCGAGCCCUCGACGGCCCGCCAAUUCAGCUCCCGAGACCAAAGGGACGACGGAGACAACCAUGAGAACGAUGACAAUGAUGGUGCAGUGAGCGUGUGCAGAGAAGAUGUGGAGAUGGUGAUGAGGAAGCUGGGACUUUUUCGCGGCCACGACGAGGAGGAGGAGGAGCUAAUCAGUCGGGACAGACCGACGAGAUGCGGCGGGAUCUCGCGGGUGUUCGAGGAGGAAGAGGUGAGCACGGACGAAGCAAGGGAGGCCUUCGACGUGUUCGAUGUGAAUAGGGACGGGUUCAUCGAUGCCAAGGAGUUGCAGAGAGUUUUGGGUGUGUUGGGAUUUGACAAGAGAGGUGGAGAAGGGUCGGAGGAGGAGUGCGAGAGGAUGAUCAGAGUGUUUGAUGAGAACGGGGACGGGAGGAUUGAUUUCCAGGAGUUUGUAAAGCUCGUGAAGAAGUGCUUCUGCUGAAUUUCACUCUCCAGGAGAUGAUAAUUCUUUUGCUAGUUCGGGAUUUAUUGUCUGAAGGUGACACAAAUAAUGAAGUCGUAAUUUUCUUGAUGAA